AUGGACGACUUGCUCUACGACACCUCCUGGCUCUUGCACACUGUCCCUCAUCUUACACCCGCUCUCUGCGCUCUGUCGGACCCAUCCAUUUCUGCAGUGGAUGAACUGCAGCACCAGUUCUCCCACCAUGCCGAUGCUCUACGCGUCUCACUUGGCAAGGACCGUCCGCGGUACGAAGAAGUCGAAGAAAAAGAGAAGCUAGGCGGCCUGAAACAAUGCACAUGGCGCAGGCUACGGAGCACACUCACCGAAGAGACAAGUGUAGUGGCUACAAAGCGGAAGCGAGACAAUGGGCAAUCGAGAUCGGAUUCGGGUUCGAACUCAACUCCGACCGAUGGUCAUGGGCUGGUUAUAUCCCUUGUCUAUGAGAAAGCAACGUACAAGUUCAUCAUAUACACCUCCAACACGUCGAGCGCUGCGAACUCAAAAGGCUCGAAACGCAGCCAUACCGGCUCGUCGACGAGGCCGAGGUUGCGGGCAAUGUCAGAUUCAACGGCGACUUGCGAACCCGCCAUCCUGCUUUCCAAAUCCUCGCCGGCAGCGUUCAAAGCCGUCACGGCUUACUUGGUCGACAGUUUCGCCCUCCCAGAGAUCGGAGCUCUCAAGCUACCGUCAGCUGUCAUCCAGACAACCCUCGAAAGGUACCUGACAUCGGUGUCUACCUCACUCGGGGCGAUGGACAUUGAGACCAGCGCUCGACGGUCGGUCUUCCACUCCAUCGUGGGGACGUUGAGGAUCACCAUAUCGUUUAUGCCACCUGUCGCUCCGAGCUUGAAAACCAUCGACAUUAGUAUCCCUCCGUACACAGUCGAGCAGCAGUAUCAAAGCGCACUCGACGAAGGGGAAGAAGGGCAGGCGGAUAGACAGGUGGAUUUCAUGUCCACUGUGGCGGCCUGGAUCCUGACCAAGACAGGGCUGAACAUCAACCCAUCACAGCUCACCAGUCAAAACAAUGAUGAUAGUGACAAAGAAAACACACCCGCCGCCGAUCCAGCAGUACCAAGCACCCACGCUCGCGAGGAGGACCGAGUCAGCGAGACCCCAGGCAAGAGUUCUGCCAAGACUCAGUCAUCUCCAAUGCGAAUCUCGAGGAUCUCAACUGGCGCAUAUGCUAUCUCAAUUGAAGGACGACUGAAGUUCGCGUCCAAGCCAGUUGAGAUAGUCGACGGUAUAAGUGAAGAAGGCGAAGGCGACGACAAGAACUUGGUCCGCAGAGCAAACGAGGGGCUGUUGAGGUCUGCCCUAGAGGAAACGAGAAAGCAGGCUAGAGAAGAAGGUUGA